GCCGCCCCACCAACGAGCAUGUAGGUCUUGUAAAUUGUAAAAGCUCAUGAUUAUUUCGCGACAGGCUCAGUGUGCAAAUCAUCUUAAGAGCAUAAAGUUGCUUCAUCACUUCCUUGUAACGUAUAUUUGUGUUUAAGAAGAAAAAGGAAAAGUGUUGUGGAUCAAUAUGAUCCGUUUCAGAGGAUAUUCUCUAGCAAAAAAAUUAUCCUUGAGUGCAGUGUCGCAGAGAUUUUCCUCAACUAGUACUUCGUUUGAAAGAAAAAAUCAUGUUUUACCCUAUAGUGCAGAUGUCGUUAUAAUUGGUGGAGGAUCAGCAGGAUGUCAUGCACUGUACCAUUUAACGAAAAGAGGCAUCAAAGCCGUGCUCCUUGAGAGGAGUAAGAUAACAUCCGGGACAACAUGGCAUACGGCUGGUCUUGUCUGGCGCCUCCGACCAAAUGAUGUGGAAAUUCAGUUGCUGGCCAGUUCGAGAAAUUUAUUUAUGAAUCUCGAAUCUGAGAGUGGCCACGAUCCAGGGUUCAUCAUGAAUGGUGGUCUUUUCAUAGCGCACAACGAUGUCAGAAUGGACGAAUAUCGACGCCUAGCAACAAUUGGCAAAUGCUUCAAUAUUGAAAGUCAUCUCAUUAGUCCAGAUGAGACGCAAAAACUUUUCCCACUGCUCGAUCCCAAAACCUUCACGGGUGCCCUGUAUUCCCCUGGGGACGGUGUUAUCGAUCCAGCAAUGCUGUGCACAGCACUCACACGUCAGGCCGUAAAGAAUGGUGGACAGGUGUUUGAGGAAUGCCCAGUGUUGGAUUUAGAAGUUGGCCAAGGAUUCCUUGGACCGCAAGAUGUUCGUGGAGUUGUAACUCCGUAUGGCACUAUCAAGACUAAUACGGUGGUUAAUGCAACCGGAGUAUGGGGAAGGGAUGUGAUUGAGAAAUACGGACUGCACCUACCCUUAAUUCCAAUGCGUCAUGCCUACAUUGUUACUGAACCCAUGGAUGGUGUGAAAGGACUACCAAAUAUUCGUGAUCACGACUUUUCUAUCUAUUUCCGUAUCCAAGGUGAAUCAAUCUGUCUAGGUGGCUAUGAAAACUGUCCCAUUCUCCUAGAUAAGGUCCCCCCUGAUUUUCAAUUUGGUCUCUACGAACUCGACUGGACUGUGUUUGAAUCAAACUACCAAGGAGCUGCAGUUCUAUGUCCACCCUUUGAAUCAGCAGGCAUUAAGAGUACAAUUUGUGGGCCAGAAUCCUUCACUCCUGACCACAAACCCCUUAUGGGAUGGGAUCGCCGGCUAGACGGGCUCUUCCAUUCGUGUGGCUACAAUUCAGCUGGAAUGAUGCUUGGUGGUGGAUGUGGGGAACAAGUAGCUGAAUGGAUCAUUAAUGGUAGUCCUAGCCUGCAUAUGUUUCCCUACGAUGUAACUCGUUUCCUCCCCAAACAAACCCGUGAUCACAACUGGGCCACAGAGAGAAGCCACGAGAGCUAUGCGAAAAACUACUCAAUCGUCUUCCCCUACGAUCAACCACUAGCAGGACGAAAUUUCAUUCAAGAUCCCUUCCAUCGGCAAAUGAUUCAGUAUUUCGCGGUAAUGGAGGAGAAACAGGGUUGGGAACGACCUGGUUACUUCCUCACUGAUUCCUUUGCUAAAGUCCCUCCAUAUCAUUGGUACGGUAGCUACGGACACAAAAAGCCCGCUGAUUCAUCGUAUGAAGAGCAACUCAAAGCAGACUACCGCUUUGGUUUCUCAGAAAAUCAUGACCUAAUUGGAGAGGAAGCUACGGCGUGUCGAAACAAUGUUGUGGUUUUCAAUUUAAGCUACUUCUGCAAAGUCUACCUAACAGGACGCGAUGCUGACAAGGCUGCUGAAUACCUCUUCACAGGAGACACCGCCAAGUCCAUAAACAAAACCAUCUACACGUGUGCCCUCAACGAUCGCGGUGGUGUAGAAGCUGAUGUAACCGUCAGUGUUAUCGAUUCCGGCAUUGGGGAACCCCAUGCACCCAUCCUGAAGCGACCUGGAUACUACAUUGUUGCCGGUGGUGCAUCGGCAUAUCACACAAUAACUCAUCUCAAGUAUGCAAUCCUAGAUAAAGCCUUCAGGGCGCAGAUUACGGAUGUUACACAAGACUUGGGAGUCCUGUCUCUUCAGGGGAGGAACAGCCGUGAAAUUCUGGAGAAGCUCACAGAUUACGAUUUAAGUAAUGAAAGUCUACCGCCAAACAGCACAGCAAUCAUGAAGCUAAAACUACCCGCAGGAGAGCAAAAUGUUCGAGUAAUUCGUGUAAGUUUUGUAGGAGAAUUGGGGUAUGAAUUGCACAUCCCCAAAGCAUAUUGCGAGCAAGUUUUCAACGCCGUAAUGGAUGCUGGAUCACCACUUGGCCUAAGAAAUGCCGGCUAUCGCUCACUCUAUUCGUUGAGCAGUGAAAAGGGAUACCAUCUAUGGGGUUUCGAUUUACGUUCCGACGAUACACCAAUUGAGGCCAAUUUGGGCUUUACUUGCCGAAAGACUGGAGACUACAAAGGAAAAGCUGCUAUUGAUAAGCAACGAUCAGAAGGAAUUUACAAAAAGCUAGCUUUCUUUACAGUUGAUGAACAAAUUCCUAUUUGGGGACUCGAAGCUGUGUACAGGAAUGGAGAAAUGGUGGGACAUUUGAGACGCGGAGAGUACGGCUACACACUCCAGAAACCAAUUGGUCAAGCCUACAUCAGGAAGCCAAAUGGUGAGAAGAUGGAUGAUGAAUUUCUCAAGACUGGAAAUUACGAAGUUGAAAUUAUGGGAAAACUCCACAAAGCCACGUGUCACUUGAGGAGUCCAUUUGAUAAGAAAAACUCAAGAAUUCAGGGCAUCUACAAUUGAGACAGACUUCCCACACGCGCGCAAAGGAGACUCGUAUUAAACGCAAAAAUAAAGGCAAUUUAAUCAUUUCAAAAAAUAAUAAAUUGUGCAAAAAAUAUACACUCACCGGCUA